AUACUUCUGUGGUUUUAACUAACCUACAUGUAUUGAGGUUAUACGUGCUUUAUUAUAGUAAAAAUACAUUUUUUUACUAAUUUAAUUGAUAUAAUUAAGAACACGAUAAUACAGGAAAGGUUAUUAACAGAUAAAUGGAUAUCCAAAAUCUCGAAGAAGAAAUUGAUAUCCACGAUAAUUCUUUGACAAGUAUCGAUAUAAAACAAAAAUUGAUUGACGAAAUAUCUACAAUAGAAAUUCAAAAUACAAAUGAACAAAUAAAUGAAAUUCACUCUAUCAAACAAGAAAUCAACGAUGACUUGAAUACAAAUCAAAUAUUUGUGGGUGUACUUAAUAAACCAAAAAGGAACAUUUCGAAUACUCAAUUCAUAGUAAACGGAGCGGGAUAUUCGAAAGCUGCCCAUAGAAGGGGAAUUAAAUUAAAAGUUACAAGACUGAUAAGAGAUGGAAAACAUUCGCAACCAAAUUCUAUGGGGUUAAUGAUAUGUGUAUAUUGUGGGAAUUUAUAUACAGAACAAGAAGAAUUGUUAUACCACUUGGCAAUAAAUCAUUGUAUAAAAGGAAACAAAUUUUCCAAGAUUAGAAUGCACCGUAAAAGUGAUACAUGUAUUAUGGAAAAUAUUGAUAUAAAAGAUGAAAUUGAAGUAAUUGAACAUGAAUUGAAAGUGGAGCUGCAGGACACCAUAAAUCAGUUUGAUCUUACUGAUAAUCUAAACUCAAGUUUACAUAAGCAUUUGAAAUCAAUUCAAACCAAUUCAAACAUGCAUUUACAUACUUACACAAGGACUAAACCAUUCAAAUGUGAUAUUGGUAGGAGCCUAUUCUCUUAUAAAAGUAAUUCAAAUAUAAAAAUGCAUAGUCACCCAGGAGAAAAGCCCUUCAAAUGUGACAUUUGUUCUAAAACUUUUUCACAGAGAUGUGGUUUGAAGAGACAUUUGUAUAAUCAUACAGGAAAAAAAUCAUUCAAAUGUGAUAUUUGUUUAAAAUCAUUUACAAGGAAAAUUAAUUUAAAAAAACAUUUUCAUAGUCAUACAGCAGAAAAGCCAUUCAAAUGUAACAUUUGUUUGAAAACGUUUUCACAGAAAAGUAAGUUGAAUAGGCAUUUGCGUAUCCAUACAGGAGAAAAGCCUUUCAAAUGUGAAAUUUGUUUAAAAACUUUUUCAGAUAAAAGUAAUAUAAAGAGACAUUUGCGAAGUCAUACAGGAGAAAGGCCAUUCAAAUGCUAUAUUUGUUCGAAACCAUUUUCACAGAAAAUUCUUUUAAAGACGCAUUUUCAUAGUCACACAGGAGAAAAACCAUUCAAAUGUGACGUUUGUUUCAAAACUUUUUCAGAUAGAAGUAAUUUGAAGAGACAUUUGUAUAAUCAUACAGAAGAAAAAUCAUUCAAAUGUGAAAUUUGUUCUAAAACUUUUUCACAGUUAAGUGAUUUGAAGGCACAUUUGCGCAGUCAUACAGGAGAGAAACCAUUCAAAUGCGAAGUUUGUUUUAAAACUUUUUUACGUAGGAAUGGUUUGAAAAUACAUUCGUAUACUCAUACGGGAGAAAAGCCAUUCAAAUGUGACAUUUGUUUUAAAACUUUUCCACAGUCAAGUGAUUUAAAAAAACAUUCGCGUAUCCAUACAGGAGAAAAGCCAUUCAAAUGCGAAGUUUGUUUUAAAACUUUUUCAUGUAGGAAUGGUUUUAAAAUACAUUCGUAUACUCAUACGGGUGAAAAGCCAUUCAAAUGUAAUAUUUGUUCUAAAACUUUCCCACAGUCAAGUGAUUUAAAGAAACAUUUGCGUAUACAUACAGGAGAAAAGCCAUUCAAAUGUGACAUUUGUUUUAAAACUUUUCGACAGUCAAGUGAUUUGAAAAAACAUUUGCGUAUCCAUACAGGAGAAAAGCCAUUCAAAUGUGAUAUUUGUUUGAAACCAUUUUCACUGAAAAUUAAUUUGACGACACACUUGUGUAGUCAUAUAGGAGAAAAGCCAUUCAAAUGUGAUGUUUGUUCGAAAACUUUUUCACAGAGAAGUGGUUUGAAGAGACAUUUACGUAUUCAUACAGGAGAAAAGCCUUUCAAAUGUGAAAUUUUCACGGAAAAUUAAUUUGACGACACACUUGUGUAGUACAGAAGAAAACAUUUGGGAAAAUGUACAAGAGAAAAACCAUUGAUGUGUGAUAAUUGUUACAAAAAUUUAUCUCACAAUUGUAAUUUGUGUUCAAAUUUGAUUAGUGAUAUAUACAAUAAAUUAUGUUUGUUUGAAACACUUUUCUAAUUAAAGCUCUUUUUAAAAGUAAAUAUAUGUAUUCACACAGGAGAAAAGCCAUUUAAUAUACCUGUAUAUCUUCUCUUACAAUGACUGAAAUUAAAAAACUAUAUAGAAUAAAAAAAGGCAAAAUAAUUAAUUUUUUGAUAUCAUUAUUAUGAUAUGAAUGUUUUAUCAUUAUUAAGGGCAUUUUUUAAAUUAUUUCAACUCUCAACUACUUUCGUUUAUUCAUACUCACGUUAGUAGGUGCUACCGUCAGGUCACAAUUUUUUCAACAGAUUCUAAAGUAAUUUUUUUGUCAUUUGGGUCGUUAAGGAACAAAAAAAUGCUUAGAUUUAACAUUAAGAAAAUAUUUGUUGAUUAAAAGAUUGAACAAAAAAUUGAAAUGUGUCCUCUUAAUAUUAUCAUUAACAAUUAACACCUUGACCUGUAACAAAAAUUGAAUUAUAAAAUUUAUAACCUAACUAGUAUAAAUAAGGAAAAUCUGUGGAAAUUGCAGGAAAAUUUGGUAUAUAAAAAAUUGAGGUUAGGACGGGAAACUAAAUUGUAAAAUAAUCUUAAUAAUCAAUAGAGUGAAAUUAUUUUUUAUAAAGUUCUAAUUACUCCCCUAUUCGAUCAGAAAAAAACAUCGAACUUGGAAAUGUCUGAUACUAAAGUCAGAUCCUUAAUAAUACAGUAUUGAUCAAAUAUUCUGGAGGCGGUAAAAACAAAAGCUUAUAGAACACAUAUUCGAGAAAAGUUUAACAAAAAUAAAAUCAAAAUGCCGCGUUAAUGUCGACGAACUUUUAAAGAAGCCUGGAAUAUACAGAGGUGGCUAUAAUAAUAGUUAUAGUGUAAGUAAUGCAUGUUCAAGUACAGGAAACAAGUCAGGAAGUGGUAGUGGGGAUUUCAACUUUUUCAUGAAGAAGCCAAGGAUAUAAUUUAAAUAAUGAUGAUUAUGACAAUGUCACUGCUAUCUUUUCUGAGAUGAAUUAAGGAAUAAUUAUUUCUGUAGAAACUGUCAUUCACAAUU